CGCCACUACCACGGCGCGAUCGAACCCCUCCCAGUUACUCCCGUGGCUUUUGCCACGAACAUAAGGCAACAAUCUCCGAAAUAUGUGAGAGCUCACGUGAAAUAACGAGCGAGAGCGUCAUAUCAAGUGUUUAAAUGAUUCCCCGAAGAUGUGAGAGUCACGGAUGCGGCGAUCGAUGAGUGUUUCUGUCGCAGGCUCAAACAGACGAUGAGAGUUGACGAGACCCACAGCUCUUGGUGAUGACGCAGUCCCGUUAUGGGGCUCUCGUGAACGGCCCGGGUGUCGAGUAUGUUGACUGCCUGUCAGCAUGACGCCGUUGGACCUUUGGCUUUCCCGCUCCAUCCCCAUGUGUCUGCUGUUGCAGAGCCUGGUGCUCAUAGUCCUGUGCUUUCCGUCUGCCAGCACCUGUCCCAAGGGUUGCACCUGCCAGCGCUCCGAAAGCCCUCCGCACGGCCUCAACGUCACCUGUAGUCUGUCACGCUUGAAGGAGAUCCCGCCUGACGUCCCGCCGGACACCCAGCUGCUGCAACUGGACCGAAACCACAUAUCGCUAGUGCCCGAUCGCAUAUUUCAUGGUUUGAGGAUGCUUCGGAGGCUCAAUCUCUCCCAUAAUGCUGUGGAAACCCUCGGGGAGGGGGCGUUCGUCGGAUUGGAGGGCUCUCUGGAAGUGCUGGACCUUUCCCACAACCGGAUCACUAGCGUGCACAAGGACGCGUUCGCACGGCUGAAGGCACGUGUGAUGGUGGACAACAACCCUUGGCAUUGUGACUGCGCCUUGCAGCAGGCGCUGGGUGGCAUGGCCCACAACCAUGAGGCCGCCACGCGCGUGCUGUGCCGUAGUUCAGAACUGAGGGACCAAGAGGGCCAGCCGUUCCUGGCCGUGGACGCGGACUUGUGCAACCUGGCCAAGCGGACCACCGACUACGCCAUGUUGGUGACCAUGUUCGGCUGGUUCGCAAUGGUUAUCUCUUAUGUUGUGUACUAUGUACGGCAGAACCAGGAAGACGCGAGACGACACCUUGAGUACCUAAAAUCGCUUCCGAGCAAACCCAAGAAACCGGAUGAACCGGAGGACAUCAGCACGGUUGUGUGACUUAAAAUGAAGAUCACACGAUCCCAGAGACUAAAGGCCCGUUCACACCAAUGAUGAUAACUAUAACGAUAACUAUAAGAGAAUGUGGACACAGCUACAGUGACAACAGUAUAUUGUUGCUGUCAGAUGAUUAAUCGCGAUUAAUCGCAUUUAAAAUGAGUUUUUAUUUACAUAAUAUA